AUUCGAUUGCAGUUGCGAGCCAGUUCAAGAAGUGAAAUAACAAUGGAACAAAAUUAAUUGCACAAAAUAUAGUUUUAGUUUUAAUUCUGGUGUUGAAAUGUCGCAAAUAGUAUAGCCACACGCCGAAGUCAUGAUGGAAGUAUUCCAAACUGAUACGCAUUACAUAUUUGUAAAGCGCGACAAGAGCCUGUGGUGGAAUCGCAAGACGUCGGAAUUUACAAUAAAGCCAGGAUGGGAUCUCAGCUCGGUGGAGGACAUCGAGUGUAUUGGUGUUACGCAUGGCAUUGUGGGCGUCAUCUCGCUGCCUAAUGUGUAUGAACCGCAUUUGGUGAUUAUUAAGGAGGCGGUUGCCAUGGGUGUGCUAUAUCCGCCACAUUUGGUGUACAAAAUCAAGUCCAUAUGCAUACUCAGUGCCGAUGAGCCGGACUCGGAGCUGCCCAACUGCACCAAGCACACCAAAAGCAACAGCUCCACGCCCACGCACAGCGCCUCCUCAUCCAGCAACAAUGCGAGUGGAAGAACCACGCAAGGGUCCAGCACGAAGAGUACCAAACUCUUCGAGGGCAUGAAUAAGACGUGGGGUGUUGUCAAGAGCGCUGGGAAUACAAUCAAAGCCACCACACAGCAGGCAGCCAAUUUGGCUACCAAACAGGUUAAAAAUUCUGUGGGUAUACGGGAGCCAAGGCAAAUCGAGCGACGUAUUACCGAGGAGCUGCACAAAAUAUUUGACGAGACGGACAGUUUCUACUUCAGUUUCGACUGCGACAUCACCAACAAUCUGCAAAGGCACGUGGUCACAGAGGAUGAUGCCCAGCCGCAGCCAGAUGAGAGAUUUUUCUGGAACAUGCACAUGAUCAGAGAUAUCAUUAAGAUGAAUGAUAAAACAUGGAUAUUGCCCAUUAUUCAAGGAUUUGUGCAGGUGGAAGGAUGUGUCAUUGGCAAUGACUGUUUUACAUUGUCUUUGGUCUCGCGACGCUCACGUCAUCGUGCGGGUACGCGCUAUAAACGCCGUGGAGUGGAUGAGAAGGGCAACUGCGCCAAUUACGUGGAAACAGAGCAAUUACUCUCAUUCCGCCAUCACCAACUGUCCUUUACGCAGGUGCGCGGGUCGGUGCCCAUUUUUUGGAGUCAGCCCGGGUACAAAUAUCGGCCGCCACCACGUUUGGAUCGGGGCGUGGCCGAGACACAGCAAGCCUUUGAGCUGCACUUUACCAAAGAGCUAGCCAUCUACGAGCGCGUAUGCAUUAUUAACCUGGUGGAGCAGAGCGGAAAGGAGAAGCUGAUUGGCGAUGCGUAUGCGGAGCAUGUGAUAAAAUACAACAACGAACAGAUAAUCUAUGUCACAUUUGAUUUCCAUGACUAUUGUCGCGGCAUGCGGUUUGGGAAUGUGUCUGCAUUGAUUGAUGCCAUUGGUCCGGAGGCAGGUGCCAUGGGCUUUCACUGGCGGGAUCAGCGCGGCAUCAUCUGCAAUCAAAAGUCCGUUUUUCGUGUUAAUUGCAUGGAUUGUCUGGAUCGUACGAAUGUGGUACAGACGGCAAUUGGAACAGCGGUGCUGCAAUCGCAGCUGGUUAAGUUGGGGCUCUCGCCACCCUAUUCCCCAAUACCAGAUCCAUUGAAGUCCUCCUUUAUGGUGCUGUGGGCAAACAAUGGCGAUGUUAUAAGCAGACAGUAUGCAGGCACGAAUGCAUUAAAGGGUGAUUACACACGAACGGGAGAGCGAAAAAUCAGCGGCAUGAUGAAGGACGGCAUGAACUCGGCCAAUCGCUUUUUCAUUCAAAACUUUGCCGACUCGUUUCGCCAGUGCAUUAUCGAUCUGAUGCAAGGUCAACUGCAGCAGGCGGACGAAUUGAGAGAGGAUGAUGUUCUAGAAACCAUUGUACAAAUACUCACACCCGAGUCCCGUCCACCAUUGCGUGGAUAUUACAGUGCGGGCGUGCUGGGACCUGAGCUCAAAUUGCUCGAGUCGGUUGUCUUAAACAGUUAUUACCUAGCGCGCUUUAAGGACUCGUAUCGUCAAGCCACUAUUGAUCUAAUGCUGGGCAACCACGUUUCUUCGGAAUCGCUAAGCGCUUUGGGCGGUCAAGCGGCGCCAGAUGAAACUGACGGCGAAAAUGCGGAGCAUGCGAAAUUACUGGUGGAAGACUGUCGUCGCUUACUGUUGAGCUCGGAGCAGUAUCCAGUCGGUGCUUGGGGCUUAAUCGAUGCGGAUCCCAGCUCUGGGGAUGCCAACGAAACGGAGGUGGACUCAGUCUUGUUGCUUACGGACGACUGUUAUAUUGUGGCCGAGUAUGAUUCGCAUCUGGACAAGAUUGUGCGCUUUGAGAAGGUACUGUUGUCACAGGUGCGGCUCAUUGAACUCGGCAUGCAUCAGCAGACAAAAAUCUUUCAAGGAUCCUCGCAGGCGCAUCUGUGCCUGCGCCUGAACUACUGCGUUGAUGGUCUAGAGGGAUACUUCCACAUGUUCCGCUCAGCCAAUUUGCGUUUCUUUAACAAUGCAGCCUAUGUUAUUAAAACGCAGGAGGAGCUCACCGAAUCGCUGACCGCGAUUGUGGAAAUGUUUCGAAUCGCUUUGGAGAACGCCGGCAAUAAGGAUGUUCGUUUUAUUACUGGCGGGGUUUUGCAGCGACGCAAGAGUAAACUGCCAUUGUUGGAUGUGCCGAAAGGCAUGCCUCGCAAUCUAUCUGAAUCUCAACUGGUACAGCUCAGUUCCAAAGCCAUUUCGAACGUCGCUGGACAGUUCUCGAAACUAGGUCAGACCUUUAAGAAGCCCUCGAGCGCCGGUCAGCCUGGCAACGUUGCCGCCACUCUCAAUCCGCAAGUGAUGCGCCAAUCAGAGGGUACAGCAUUGGACUUUUGCCAGGAAGCCGACAAGGCCGUUUUUACAGUCGGCGGCAAGCAACGGGCGAAUAGCUCGAGCAGCACGGACACCGAUGAGCGCGACAAUAGCCUGUAUGAGCCUGAGGUGGACUCGGACGUUGAGAUUGCUAUGGAUAAGGGCAACUACAAUGAGAACACCUUUCUGCCCUCCGUUGGAAUUGUGAUGGGCGGGCAAAUAGAGCAGCCCAGCUCCUCAAACAAUAUGCGACAACUGGAGCAAAAGGAUAGCAUGUGCAAAACUGCCGAGGAUGUGCUCACCAUAUCUAUAUCAACUGUAACCGAUAAUGUUGGUCUGCCCAAUGGCUUGCUAGAGAAUGCGCCAACCCUGCGGCCGAUUACGCCAAAUCCUCAAAUAUGCUUACAGGCUCAAGAGACGGAGAAUUCGGAUGUGGAAGGGGAUAGACACGGGCUAAGUAUUGCUGCCAAUGAAGCAAACCUUCCGCACGGUCAGCCCGUCUAUUUUGAGGCUAACAAGUUUAAGCCCAUUACCAAUCCACUCUCCAAGCUGGCCAAAGGCAUGCAGAACAUUGGCUUGAAUCUGGAUCCACGCAAGAUUGCCAAUAAGGCCAGCGUGCUGUCGCCUACUAGCCUAUCGGCGGAUAACUCUCCUCCAGGCCGUGGUCCAGGCUCGCGAGAUGUAUUGCUAGAAAUGUGGGAAGCUGAGAAAUGCAAGUCCAAGCUGAUAGCUCUGUGAAGGGAUAUACUAAGUGAUAUACAAAAUUAUUUAUUAUACAAGUUUUAGAGCGGAAAGUUUACUCUAGCUGUUUUACGUGGCACUUCCAUAUAAGGGAAUCUAUAUACUAUAUAUAGCUCAUAUAUAUAUAUAUAUAUAUAUACAUACAUACAAUAAGUAUUUUCGUUCAUGCGGCACGUAUUUAAUAGACAUGUUCGUUGAACUGUACCCGAUAUAUGCAAUGUUUGUGAUUGUUACUGUAGUGCGUUAGUUAACUAUGUGUGUCAUCAACAUUUACAAAUAUGUAUAUCUAUUUGUUUGUGAUUGUAUGGUAAAUUAAGUUAAACGGAAUAUGUUACGUAUGCAUGAGUAACACCAAGCAAUAUAAAUAUGUUUUCAGGUUCAAUUGAUAUUUUAACAACCUAAUUAUUCAUGUAUUAUGAUGUAGCAACAAAUACUUAUGACAUGCUUUAUAAACCUAACCACCAAAUGCAUAGAUUUAAUUAUUCAAUUAUAGCGUGCUUAUGAAUGUAGACAUCUUAUACGUAAACGAAACCAAAAACCAAAAACAAACAAAAAACAAAUGUCACAAACAAACAAACAA